CUCCACCACCACCACGUACCACCACGACACCACCCCCAAAACCCCGCGCAACAACAACAGCAGCAGCGAGGUGACGAGCUACAGAGCUGUGCAUGACUUAGACGCCGGGCCCCCCCGCGCCCAACACAAAUGGUGGACCGCAUCAUCCCAUGAUUGGCGUGCAGCCUCUCCAAGUGCGCGCCUCCGACCGACCUGCCCGCGGGGGGUUGGCGCUUAGACGCAGCUCGCCAUAUGGCACAAAGCCAACAACCAACCCACCCAACCAAUGUCUUCAAGUCCUGCCCCGGGCCGCCGCCUUGCCCAAGUGAGUCGGUCAGUCGGUCGGGGAGCCAGGCUGAUGACAGCAGCCCCAUGUGUGCAUGUCUGUCGUUGUUGCUUCGGGCGUCUGCGCGUCUAGAUUCCCGCCACUAUCUGCUUCAUGCAGCGUUAGGGGCGCUUGCCUGCCCUUCAGCCCGGGGUUCCAUGUUGCCUCCGCCGCCGCCGCAUAUUCCGUAACGACUCUCCCCUCCCCCCGGGUUUCUGUUCUAGUAUAUACAUUGGUGUGCUUGCCCGACCCCGUUGUCGCCCUGUUGGUUCGUUGUCCGGUCUUGUGUUCUGCGACUCCCCGGUUCUGCUGCUGUUGCUGCUGCUGCUACUGCUGCUGCUGCCACUGCCGCUGCUACUCACAUUGAACACUGCCCCGUCGUCGUCGUCGUCGUCGUUCUCGUCACCGUCGCCGUCGUUCCCCUCGAGGCAGGCAAGUUAGCAAAGCAGCGGCAAGUGCCGUCGUAUUACCUAGUCCCUGGGCCUCUUGCAGUGAGGACGCCCUGGGCAGCGGCACCUCACCACCUCAUCGACUAUUCAUUUCGUAUCUCUCUUGCCUCCGUUCAGCCAACAACAACAUCACGACGGUCUCAUCCGUUUUCCGCUUUUCCUUUCGAGUAGUCUUUGCGAAACAAACCCGGUCGGCCAUGGCCUCGCAGGGGACACCACCAAACACGGCCAAGAGGCCGAGGCUCUCUCUGCAGAUCAGAACGUCAUGCCUCUCUCCCUCCAAGGGACUGCGAGGAGGCCCCGUCAACCCCAGCGAUCCAACGGCAUUCAACACCCUCUCCAAUGCCUACGUCACCGCCAUCGAGAGAUCCUCCGCCUCGUCAUCGUUGUCGACGACGCAGUCAGAGCCCAUCACCGCCAUCAACACACUCCAGGCCUUCACCCUCGAGACCCCCGCCGAGCCCAGGCCGCCCCGCGUCUUCACCCCAUACGUCGCCAGCUACCCCGAGACGCCGCUCACGGCCCUCUCCAACUCCCCGUCCCAGAUGGAAAUCAAGUUCCCCAGCACCAUGACGGCCACCCCGCCGCUGUCAGCCACUGCCGACGCCAGCCCCGCACAGGUCUUUACUUUCUCUUCGUCGUCGUCGUCUUUGUCGAGCGCCGCGGCCAAGAAGGCACCCGCGACGUUGGCGUCACCUGUCGACGGCCGCCCCACGAGUAGCAGUAUCACUCGCAGGAGGAUAUACGCCGGCCUCGCCGGCGGGGAGCUCCCGUACACGCACCCACGGAGCCUCCACAGCAUCCUCCGCAACUCUCCCCUCCCACCGAGGACCGCCAUCCCGCCGCCGUCGCCGAGGAGGCAAUCGCUCCGGCUGCAGGAAAAGGCGGCCAAGAAAGUCGAGUACAACAACCCCCUAACCCAGGAUAUCAUCACCAACACGUACGUCAAGUCUCACAUCGAUCUCUUGACAGACGAUACGUCCCCCAACACCCCACCCUUGCCAACGGCGACGGAUUCCGUCCUGGACGUCGCCCUGUCCUUCACCGCCAACGAACUCCGGGACGGCGGCCAAACGCCCGGCCCCUUUGAGGAAACGCGCCGGAGGAUGGCUGGCCUGGGCGUGCCGCAAUUGCCCUCGCCCGUAGAGAACGGCGGGCCGCGCAAGCGAAAGAGGGCGGAGAAGAAGCGUCAGUGGCGGUGGACGAUAGGCCAGGAAGACGACGACGACGACGACGAGGGUGCGGCUGUCGUUACGGCAGUGGUAGAUGAGACGACGACGACAACGACGAAGCCAGGAGACCCAACAGCGCCGUCGCACAAAGAAGGCAAUCCCGCGGCAGCUGCCCCGCGGAUAACGUACCUGGAAACACCAGCCCCCAGCAUUGAGAGCGCCAGUUCCUUAUCGGAGGCUGGCGAUAUCGACGUGGAAAUGUCGGACACCAGCAGCGUCCUGUCUGCCGACGACCAGCGCGGCCGAGCGCGGCUCCGCGCCCCGAGCGAGACGGAGCCGGAUCUCAAGACGCCCACCGCGCCCGGCAAGGUCAACAACGGCAGCCACGCUGCGGGGCAGAACCGCGAUACCCCGAUCCCGGAGCUGUCCGAUAAGAGGGAUACCCCGGUGCCGCCAGAGCUGGUGUGAGUGGUGGUGCGGCGCGAGGAUGGAAGGGGGAAAGGGGGGAAGGGGGGAAAGGGGGCUAGCGAGGCGAAAAAUUGUCAGCCAGGUGUUACACCGGGUAUGCGGUUCACAAGGCGCAUGGGAUUUACAAGUAUUGCUCAAGCAUAAGCAUGGCGGCGGCGGCGGCGGCAACGCAUUCACGAAGACACGAAUAACUAGCGCGAGUGCUCUCCUUGUUGAGGCACAAUCAGGGUCCAGAGUAGUUAGCUAGCCCCUCCACCUCGGCCAGGGACAGCAGACAGGACUUAAAUUGAUACUCAUAUAUGAUCGA